AUGAAGAGCAAAGAGGGCUGGGAACCUAAUAUCGUCCAAGCUCUCGUAGAUGCCCACGUGACUACGACAGAGCAUAACAGGGUCGAUUCGCUUUUCGAUUGUGUGGACGACUAUGAAAUCGCAUUCGCUGAGACGUGUGGUAGAUGUCAUGAAGCCCCAGCAGGAAAGUCUGAUUUUUGUAUCCAGUCAGGGGAGGAUUUAAAGUAG